AUGCCGCCACCCCCACCAGCGAAGGCGUCGACAGCCACGGCGCACGGCGCCACACUUUUGAACGGCAAAAACACCACCGCAGGGACGACGGCGGCGGCGGCGAGGGUUGCGCAGGAGAGAAGGCGCCCAUCGGUGCCCAGCAGCGCCCCGCCGCGGCCCGUGGAGGCCCCCGCGCGGGAGGCGGAGGAGGAGAACGCGCGGCGCAGAGGACGGACCUUCCAGCGGAGGGUCCUGCAGCCCUCCAAGUCGGCCACGUCGGAUGCGAAGACGGAGCAGGUGCCGCGGCCACUGCCACUGCCCUCUCGCACCCCCGCAACAGUGCUGCCGGGGGCCGCAGCCAAAACGACUGCCGUGACGAGCACUUCUACAAACCGGGUUCAGCCGGUUCCCUCGCCGCAGCCGCAGGCACUGCCGGCGUCCAUUUUUGACGACGUGCCUGUGCAGGCCAGUCUGGAGUACCUGACACGGCCCCAUCGCUCAUGGGACAGCGCCGUCAGAAUUAGGGAGCGUGCAGGCAGGAGGCAGCAGCGAGAAAGCGCGCGUCGUGCGUGGCGCGGCAGCAGCAGUCUAUCUACUUCCGUGGCGAGCUCCGCAAGCGUGUCGUGUGCCUCCGUAAAUAGAGCGAUGAGCCCGUCCAGUCUUAGUGUUCGUAGCGCGCCCCCGACCUUUGGGCACGCCCACGCCUCGGUGUCUCCUGGCGGCACGCAGGGGAGCGGUACGCGUCGCCGUGGGCGCUUCGGCGUGUUGCCGAGCCUUCAGCCCGAUCCGGGAGGUCUCGCCGUUGGCGGGAGCAGCCUCUCGGUCUCACUGGCGCCUUCGGCGCUGCCACGUCUGAGGCCGGUGUCACCGGGCCAAACCUCCUCCCCGGCGACGCGGAAUCCGUUUGUACUCGCACCCGCCGAGAGGCGAGGCGCAAACACGCCUGCGUUGGCCAAGGUGCGGGAGUUCAGCUUUACGAUGCAGUAG